AUUUUUAAACAAUUAAAAAAAAAAAACAAAAUAAAAAACUCACUCUCUCUCUCCAGAGUCUCUCUCUAAACUCCCGUCGAUUCCCUCUCCAAAUACGAAGACCUCGCCGCCGCGUUCCUAGCCUCCUCCACCACUGCUCAGAUCUCCUACGCCUGCACCUCCAUCGACUCGUUCCUGCACUCCCGCUCACCCGACCAGUCCCACCACUUCUUCUCCUUCACCUUCCCAACCCUAAUCUGUAAAGCUCUUCGGCUACGACGACGCCGUUUCGUCAUCCUCCUCUCCGCCGUCACCAACGUCAUCAUCAUCAUCCAACGGCUGGAUCGACACCGUCAUCGCAUACAACGAACUCGAUUUGACCAAGAAGGUCUUCGCUUUGCUCGCCCCCGAUGGUGUCCUCUUGAGCUCAAUCUCGACCGUCGAUCGCCUCUCGCUCGUCAAGUACGUCUUCCCCAACUAGCAGUUGCCGGAGUUGGCCCAGUUUGUCCUCUUCUCAGAGAAAGAUUCCUGGGUUAUAUCUGAUCUUUGCCAAAUUGUAAAAGUUGAAGGUGGGAGGGGGAAAAGAUCGAAGUACAGGUCAUAUUAAGGAGGAAGAUGCUUCAGAUCCGGCUUAGCAAAACCCCAUCUGUAGAUGGUGCAGGAGGGGCGAAGCCCUUGCCGGUGGAUACAGUGACCGUGGCAUGCCCUGACCACCUAGUUCUUGCUGAUCUUCCUGUAGCAAAGGGCAUAGGCACAGCAAUUGCCGCUUCUCUUGUUAAGACCGUAGGUCGGAGGUCGCGUCGCCAGCUUGGGGAACGAGUCCACUUUUGUGUUCGCUGUGAUUUCCCAAUAGCAAUUUAUGGACGCCUGAGUCCUUGUGAGCACGCCUUCUGUCUGGAUUGUGCUAGGAGUGAUUCAAUUUGCUAUCUCUGUGAUGAACGAAUUCAGAAGAUACAGACAAUUAAAUUGAUGGAGGGGAUCUUCAUCUGUGCAGCCCCUCACUGUCUCAAGUCUUUCUUGAAGAGAACAGACUUCGAGGCUCAUAUUCAUGAGAGCCAUGGUGAGCUUCUUCAGUCAAAUGUAGAGAGAGAAGAUACUAAUGAAUCGGAAGCUCAGAGUGUCAAACAAUCUUCAGCAUCUGAUACUACGCUCCGAGCGCCGCUCAGGCCGGGCUUCUCUCCUAGUUCGAACUCCCAAGUUCAUGAUCGAGAAGACAAAACUCGUCGUCAGCAGACUAGAGAACCAUCAAUUCCUAGGCCAAUGAUACAGGCCAAACCACCACAAGCUUUUGGGCAAGGACAGAAUAACCCAUCAGAAGCCCAACUUGACUGCCGACACCAAGGGUUUGAUAGGCCUGGUCCUCACAACCCCUUCCAACAACAAAACUUCGACUCACCAGGUGGUCCAAAGCAAGAAUCCGGUCUAUAUUCAGACAAGCAGCAAGGAAUUCUGUCUGAUACUCCAUUUCCCGACUAUCCGCCUAUGCAUGCCUUUCAGCCACCCAACAACUAUAUGGUGCCGGUCAACUCAAGCCAGAUGCUGAAUCCAUCCUCUGCACCUUUUGGUUAUCCUCCUUUCCCAGGUGAAGGAUCUCAAGCAUUCUAUGGUGCUCCCUAUGACAUGGCUCGCCAAGAUUCAGCACCAGAAGUAGGAUCAGAACAAGGGUCAUUGUUGGGUUUUCCACCAGGUUCUGCAGGGAGCAUGAACUUCCCAGCUAACUAUCAUCAGCCUUGGAACGCAGGACAGCCUGGUAUGCCUUUUGAAGCUCCGCAUGGAGGUCAAGAUAGUUUCACUAACCUCUCAGAUUCUCAAGGAAAAGUUCCAUAUUAUCAAGGAGAAUUCAGACGGAGUCCAAGGGGAUUGGCUAUGAAUCCACCUCCCCCGCAUAUGGCCAACAAAGGAAUGGAACCAGUGCAGGCUGGUCAUUCUGUGGAUCCAAGGGAUGGAAAGGGUAUAUUAGCACCACAGCCCCUGCCACUUCCUCCACCUCCCCCACAACCUCACAUGUCACAGCCAAAACGCAAGUUUUAUUCUGAUAUGGGCCGAGAUGGACAAAGCUACGGAUGGCAACACGAGAACCGUGAGAACUAUGGUGGCCAAGACUAGUGUAGAGAACAUUAGGCCUUUGGAUUAUUUUAAUCCUUUGCGAGUAAUAUUACUUUUAUUUUCUCACAUUAACUUAUUUCAAUUAAUCUAUGGUCUCCCUCUGGGAGCCUCUUUGGCUUAGUUUUAACUGCGCUUAGCUAGCAUAUGGCUUGCUUAUUCCUGGCCUUUAUCUGGAGCAAUUUCUUUUUGUUUAUUUUUAGGAAAACUUUAAAGCGCAUCCCCAUUUGUGGGAGCAAGUGUUUUUGACCGUUAUAUUAAAUUUUUAACGGUCAAAUCUGUUUAGAUUCGUAUUAAAAAUUUAUAGCGUGUCUCACAGAACUACUCUUGUUGUUGGAGCGGAUCUACGUCGUUUCAUUGCUUUAUUAAUAUAAUGGUCACUCAGUACUUGCUUAAGGAGCAAGUUGACGAUGUCCCU